AUGAAAGAAAUAUAAAUACAAUGUUAACAAAGUUAUGAAAUCUCACAACCAUUAGCGUUUACCUUUGAUGAAUUAUCGAAAGUCCUGUAUGUUAUUGAUAAGGAAUCCAAUAUUAUCAAAUACGAAUACAAUAAUAAAUAACUAAGCAUAUAAACAACUUACAAAGUGGGUGCUCAAAUUUAGAAUAAUUCUAAAAUCUUGUCAUUCCAAUAUUUGAUGGAAAAUGAUCAAUUAAUAAUAGUUUAUAGAGAUGGAGCUAUAGUCAAAGUGUAUAAAGAGGAAGCAGAAGUGGUUGGAUAGUUUGAGUGUGGAGUAUUGGGAGCAGCUUGGAAUCCCAAUCAGGAAUAACUAGUUGUUGUUUGCGGAGAUGGAAAGUUGGUGAGCUUUGAUGUGCAAUUAGAACCAACAAAGGAAAUCAAUAUCGAGGGAAUUCUUGAUCAAUUGGUAUCGAUCUCUUUUAAAAACGAUGGAAAAUUUUUUUCAUUAAACUACGCGAUUCAAGAAGGUAGAGUAUGUGAGACUUAUGAUGUAUAAUUGGAAAAAUUCAGAAGUCCAAGUAAGUCAGACCCUGAAGGAGGAUUAGUUUAGGCGAUCUUUGAAAAGCCUAGGAAUCUUGUAAAUACAGUUUCAUGGUAACCUAAUAGUUAAUUCAUUGCUGGUAUUCAAGAUAAAUAAGUGAUAUUUUGGGAGAAGAAUGGUUUGAGACAUUUGGAAUUCAACAUUUUUGAGGAUUCUACAAAUAUCAAAUGGAGUCCAGACGGAAUCAUUUUGGCUAUUUAACAAGGUGACAGAAUAACAGUUCAUUUAAGAUAAAAUUAUAAAUGGUAUGCAAAAAAAGCAUUUAAAUUUGAGAAACUAAUUGAUUAUACAUUUAUUGAGAACAAUACUUUAGUGGUAUUUAAUGAGAACAGUAUGAAUAUCUUUUGGCUCAAUUAUCAUUUUAACAAUACUUCAAUAGGUUUAUCUACUGAUUAUGAUACCUUAUUAGUCAGUGAUUAUAAGAAGGGAGUCAUUCCACCACCCUUAUGUCAUUAUUAAUUAAAGGUGGACAGUCAAAUAGAUUUAGUGUAUUAUGACUAAUUUAUUUAUAUCUAUUCAUACGAUGGAACUCUGAGUAUAUUUGAUAAUGUUAACCUGUUGGGUAAAGUGAAGUUGGAUAUCGAUUGUGCUCAUAAAUUGAUUUGCUAUUCUGAUAAAUAAUAAGAUGUUAUUUUUGGUCAUGCUGUUUUUGUAGUGCACGAGGCAGAAAGUGAUAAGUUAGUUGAUGUUGUAAUCUCACCAACUUUUGAGAUUAUAAAUAUAUGGAGAAAAGAAUUCUCUUAACCAACAUAGAUUUCAGCAUUGACUAAAAAGGGUCACUAGAUUAUAUUACAUUCAAGAUUUGGAGAAAAGUUUAUAUAUGAUCAAUCACUAGAGGAAAGCUUAAGUGAAUUCGAUCUGGCCAAUAAAGAAUAAAAUGUAUAUGACGUCAAGAUCCAGCAGCAUAAUGAAUGGCUUGGUUGUUUGAAGUCUAAUAGUAGAUUAACAUUAAACAAUCAUCUAGUCACUAAUGAGUGUACAUCAUUUGCAUUUUUUGAUCAUUUUCUAGCAUUUACUAUUAACACAACUGAUCAAUUUCAUAAUUUAUAUAUACUAGAUCUUAAUAAGCCUAUUUCAAUUGAUAAAAAAAGUUUGAAUAUUAGUAACAUAGAGAGAGGAGCUAAGAUCUUAGCCGUUGUUUCCUUGGAUAGACUUAUUGUUUAAAUUCCAAGAGGAAAUUUAGAAACAACAGCACCAAGAGUCAUGGCUCUGCAUCUCUGCAAACAACUAUAUGAUAAUAAGCAAUAUAAGACUUGCUUUGAAAUGAUCAGAAAACAUAAACUAGACAUGAAUUUGAUGUUUGAUUUCUCUGGAGAAUUGGAUGUCUAGAUCGUAGAAUAACUAUCAGAACAGUAUCUAUAACUCUUUAUCCAAUCUCUAAAUAAUGAAAUAAGUUUCGAACUUCCUUAUGUUUUGACAGCUGAACAGUACAAACAUCAGAAGGUGUUAAUAGUGGAUAAAACCUUGGGAACAUCCAAAAUUAAUUAUGUCUGUUAAAAGUUGAUUGACAAUAUGAAGGAGGAAACUCACAUUCUCACCAUAGUGACAGCAAUGUUAAAGAAGGAGCCCAGUGAAGUAGAAGAUGCUCUAUUGAAGACCUUGAAACUGAGACAAUUAGAGCAGCAUCAUGAGGAAGUGCCACCCCAUUUGAAUCCUGCCACACAAAAGCCUUACAAAAAGCACAAUAAAAUUAAGUCAGAGCAAGUCUUGGAAUACAUAUGUUGGUUAGCAGAUGCUAAUAAGAUGUUUGAGGUAGCUUUAGGAACAUAUGAUUUCGAUUUGGUCAAAUAGGUUGCUUAAUUCACUUAGAAGGAUCCUAAAGAAUAUUUGCCUAUGUUGGAACGAUACUCACAAAUAAAGGAUCCUAUCGAUAUGAAGUCCACCAUUCAUAUUGAAUUGAAGAAUUACGAUAAGGCUAUCAAAGUGUUGUCAGAAGGGAAUGAGGAAUAGAAACAAAAAUCUAUUGAAUUGAUCAGAAAACAAAGCAGAUUUAGAAUAGCAUUGGAAGUGUAUAGAAAUGAUUAGGUAAUGAUGAGGAAAGUGAAGGAAGCUUUGGGAGACUAUCUAAAUAAUUAAAAGCAAUAUCAUCAAGCAUCAUUGGCUUAUGAAAGUGCUGGAUUGUAUGAAAAGGCAGUUUAAGCAUCUUCUGAAAUAUUAGAUACUAAAAGAAUUCUGUCUUUUGAUCCUAAGGAGGAUUAUUUGUUAAACUACAAUUAGAUUUUAUUGGCAGCUGGAAGAUGGAAGGAUUGUGGAUAAAUUUAAGAAUAUUUGAAGAAUCAUGAAUAAGCUAUUCAUUAUUAUUGUAAAGCAGAAGAGUGGGAAAGUGUAGCCUAAUGUUUAAGACACAAAUAAAUAAAUAUUGAUGAUCAUUUAUAAUUGGCAUUCUCUUUGAAAGUGAACCAUUUGUUGAAUUAACAACAUUUGUUCAUUUAAAAAUUAGAGAGAUUAAGAAUAGUCUAAGAGUAGAAGAAAGAACAUGGUAUUUUGGCACCAUCCUAAGUUAAUGCUGAUUUCGAUUAGAUGAGUGAUGUAAGUGGGAAAUCAGGAAUGUCAAAGUCAUCCUACACAAUGUCUGUGACUACUGGUGUUAGAAAGAGAAAGCCUAAGGAGAAGUCAUUUUUGAAUAGAAACAUCAAGGAAGGUUCCCCUGUCGAGGAAGAGUAUUUGAUUGAAUUCCUUAAGGACAUACAAGUUAAAAGUGCUGACCUAAUUAAUUCGAUUAAAAAGUUUUAAAAUUAUUUGAUUUUCUUUAACCAACCAAAGUUGUCUCUGGAGAUGUCUACAAAAACUAAAGAAUAUUUAAAUACGAUUAAGCCUGAGAUCAAGAGUUUGUUAUAAUAACAAUUUGAAGAGUAGAAUUAACAAGCGGUUGAUUUGUAUCCAUACAAAUCGGUUGUGCCCAGCGAAUUUAACCAAGCUUUAGAUGAUUUAAUUAAAUGA